CUGCUGCCAUAUUUUUGUACAUAACCUCGAGAUAAAACCCACAUUUUCGCCUCGAGGAAAUCGGCUCAUCCCCGCAGUGCUACACGGAUGGAUCGUUAUAGCGCAACCGGAGGCUGGGCAACUUUGUUACAAAGGGUAGAGGGCCUUAUCGGAGGGCGGAACAUUCUUGAGUUGUGGUCACAAUGUCAACCAUGUGAUCAUACCAGGCUUAGCGCGCGUCUACCACAACUGAUAUCGAAAAACCAAGAUGAAAACCAAACAAAAAGCAGACAACAGCAGCGUCAUUACUGUCUUUCUCUUCACCAUAGGCUCCGGAAAUUGCAGGCUAUUCAGAUUGUCAAGUCCUCCGUCGUUCUCUUGUUUCCGUGUCUGUGCUUUCGCCGCGCUUUUCCUGAUAAUCUUUUCAACAAGCUUACUUUUCACCGCAUUGACAACUGAAAGCACGCUCAAAAUCUUGUUUCCGCUUCCUCAUAAGUUACGAAUACCCUGGUCUGCAGAUAAUACUCCCUUCCGGGCUGGCACGGGACCGCUCAUACCUCGUUUCGAUGAGUCGGACCCUGUUACAAGCUCGGAGAACAAAGAGUCUAUCUAUGUCCUCUCGCUUCCUCAUAGGACUGAUCGUCGCGCCCGAAUGGAAUAUCUGCAAAACUAUCUUGGCUUAAACUGGACAUACAUGGACGCGACCUACGCGGAUGCAGAAAUCAUUGGAACGAUCAUGGGUAAUGUUAGAAAGAUACGAGAGGAAGCUAUGAAAGCAAGAUUAGAGCUACAGAGAAUCAGGGAUGAAAAAGCUAGGAAGAAGGAGAAUGUCGACGAUGACUUCGCGCUUAUAGUCUAUCCUGACGACCUGGAGCCGUAUUUAAUCCCGAACAUUGCCUCGCCGUCUGGUCCUCUCCCGCAUCAAGCAAGUCAACUAUUCUCAGGCGUCAAACUACCGUUCCAGUGGCCAGCUUCUACGUUCACCAACAUAUCCGCAUCUUCAGAGCCGCUUCUUUCACAGUUGUCAUCGAAGGCUCAGAUAUUAGAUUAUCUUCAAGCGUUCGAUAUCUAUGCAAGCAAUCACAAUUCGAACGAGAUACUCGGGACCUGGCGUACGGGAUCUAAUUCUUCAAGCUUCGUAGAUGAUAUCGAAGACCAUGACUACUUCUACCGAUUUCUCUCCAACAUCGACACUAAAGCCGCCAAUGCAAGAGCAUAUUCUAUGGUGAACCUGGAACUAGUCUGUACCACGAAAGAUUUCAGUCUCGUACCGUACUCGACUACAUUGCCAUAUCACAAAUACCUCACAGCUGCGCGGGUAGCUGUAUGGCACUCGCAUUUGAGGGUCUUACGACUGAUCGCCGAAGAGGAAGAGUUGCGGCAGAAGAACUUCUGGAAGCAGGAGAUCGAACGAUCCGACGACAAGAAUACGACGACUCCGAGAAGUAUGAACGAAGAAGAAGACAUGGGUCGGAUCGAAGCCAAAGCAAGAACUGGAAUGCGCUGGAUGAGACAAUACACUAAUGGGCGACGAGGACUCGGUGAAUCUGAUCCAGAAGAGGACAGUGUCGGCGGAUUUCUAGAGACUCCAAAAUCCGACCCCCCGCGAACCAACGAUGAACUUUCCAACGCCGCUGAAUCGCAGCCUAAAUCCGGUCGCGACAAAUAUCGUGAACACAUCAGCAUUAUCCUCGAAGACGAUAUCGACAUGGAGAAAGAUAUACGUCGCAGGUUACACCGAAUCUGGAUUGAUCUACCAGACGACUGGGACAUCGUCUUCUUAGGACAUUGUUGGUCAAAUGAAUCUUUUUGGCCAGCAAUUUUUCUUCCUACAGAAUCACCCGAAACUCAGUAUGCCACGACCAAAGGCGUCUCUGACAACACACUUCACCCUUCGUACUCUCCUAAAUGCACACACGCAUACGCACUCUCCCCUCCAGGCGUCCACAAGCUACUUGCGCACCUCGAGUACCCCCCCUUCGCGUAUUCCCGAGCGAUUGAUCAGGCCUACGCAUGGCUAGUUUCCAGUAAUAAGAUAAACGCGUACAGCGUAGUGGGGAGCGUUAUCGUACAAGUCAAGGGUACCGUAACCAAUUCAAGUAGUCCAAACGACAAAGGAGAUGAAGUACAUGAAAGUGGCGAAGGCGAAGGAAGCAUAGGAAUAGGCGAUGUGUGGCGGCCAGGGAGGAAGGAAGAUGCUGGCAAUGGGACUGGGGCACUUCCCGUGGUUAGUACUAGUUCGUGGACCGAAGAGCUAAUCAAUGGGGUUUUUGCGGAACUCAAAUAAUUUGCUUGUGCGUCCCAUGCUAUUCAAGUUCCCCAAGUCCUUUACCAUGUUUUUUAUUUUUUUUUGAUAAGUACAAUAAAUUCCGCGGUAUUGUAAACGUAACUUUGAACAUAGCUCAC